UAAGAUUGUUUUCAGCUUCUCUUGUGUUAUUUCAGCCGGCCUGACCACUGUAGUGAAGUGAGAUGCAAACGUUAAGAAAUGCCUUCCGGUGUUCCUGGUCUUCUCCUGAACGGCUUGAUGGUAAAACUGUGGUCAUCACCGGUGCCAACACGGGGAUUGGCAAAGAGACAGCCAUCGACCUGGCGAAAAGAGGGGCAAAGGUGAUCAUGGCAUGCAGGGACAUGGAGAAAGCAGAAGCUGCUGUGAAAGAAGUCAUCGAAAAGUCAGGCAGCGAAAAUGUUCUGUGCAAGAAACUUGACUUGUCAGACAUCAAGUCAAUAAGAGAAUUUGCUGAAACCAUCAACAAAGAAGAGCCAAAAGUCAACAUCCUCAUCAACAAUGCUGGUGUGAUGAUGUGUCCUUAUGGGAAAACAGCAGACGGCUUUGAGCUGCAGAUCGGUGUCAAUCACAUGGGUCACUUCUUGUUGACACAUUUGUUGAUUGACCUGAUUAAAAGGUCAGCGCCAGCCCGGAUUAUCAGUGUGUCUUCUAUGGCUCACUCUUGGAGCUCCAUCAAUCUGGAAGACAUCAACAGUGAAAAGAGUUAUGACAAGCGUAAAGCUUACGCCCAGAGCAAGUUAGCCAACAUCCUCUUCACCCGCUCACUGGCUAAACGACUAGAAGGCACAAGUGUGACAACAUACUCUCUCCACCCUGGAGUCAUUCAGACAGAUUUAUACCGUCAUCUGAAUGGCCCUCAGCAGUUCCUCAUGAAGAUCAUCAGUCCCUUCACCAAGUCCUCUGUCCAGGGAGCUCAGACAACAAUUUACUGUGCGGUGGAACCAUCGCUGGUGAAGGAGAGCGGUGGAUACUACAGCGACUGUGCUCCUGCCAACUGCUCAGCUGAUGGAAAAAACGACGAGCUGGCGGAGAAGUUGUGGGAGCUGAGCUGUCGUAUGCUUUCCAUAACGUGGGAAUGAGGCAGCCUCGAGUUAAACAAUUAUUUUGUUUAGUCUUUUUUUUUGCAUUUCUUUUCUAAAUGAUCUAUUGUGUCUUACUUUGCUAAACCUACCUGCUAAUAAAUAAUGAGCAGAACAUUUUUUUUUACAGUACGCCAGUUGAGGAAAUACUAAGUGUAUUAUUGUUAAAU